UUUUGUCCAGCAUGAAUAAUAAGUAUAGCUCAAAACAUUCUAAGAAAACUUUAGCAGAGCUUCGGAAAAGAUAUCCACAGUUUAAGUUUUGGGAAGAUUCUGUUUAUUACAGAGCUCAUAGGAUAUCAAACCAUAGUUUACCUUUGUAUAAUGUAUUAUGGAAUUCAAUUAAUUUAUCUGCAGGUUGUUUUGUAUGCAAAGUUCUUAACUCCUUAACUUGUGAUAUUUUUGAGCUUCAAAUUAAUUUUAUUGAAAACAACAUUGCACGUAUACUUAUAAAGGAAUCCAAGUCUACAAAUAGAUACUUAGUGAAGGAAUCCCUUAUGAAAGAUCCAAUAUUAUCAUCUUGUGUAAAAAAAUGCUCAAAGAUCCAUCAUAGUGGAGUAUUUAGCAAUGAAAUCGAUUCUCACGAAAUUAAUAAUGUUGAUUUCUGUAUUGAUGCAGAGAAAUAUUAUGUAAAUGUUAAUUUUUCUCCAUUAGUGAUUCGAUUUUUUUCUUUAAACAAUAUACCCAUAUUGGUUAUUAAUGAGAGAGGUUUACUUCAGUUUCAAAGUGGAAAGCCAUAUGAUAAUCUGCCGUUUUAUUUGCGCGAUGAAGGAUAUGUUUUAAUUGAGAAAGAAGAUUUUAUUGAAACAAUUAAUGACAAUGAUGCAAAGAACAAAAAGUUCCAAGAUAAAAUGUCAAAUGGUAAUUGUUCAGUUGGUUUAGAUGUAACAUUUAUGAUGUCAGAACAUGUCUAUGGUAUUCCUGAGCAUGCAGAUAGUUUUCAUCUUAAAGAUACAAGACAUCGAGAUCCUUACCGUUUAUACAACUCUGAUGUUUUUGCAUACAGUCUUGACAAUCCGAUGGCUUUGUAUGGUUCUAUACCUUACAUGAUAUCAGCUGGUACAGUUCAGUGUGCUGGAAUUUUUUGGAAUAAUUCCUCUGAAACAUGGAUUGAUGUUGAAUUUAAUGCUGAGCAAAAAAUGGCAAAAAAUCAAAAUAGUUUAAGUCCUAAUGUGAAGACUCAUUGGGUUUCAGAAUCUGGUGUUAUAGAUAUGUUUGUGUUACUAGGUCCAAGUAUUGAUGAAGUAGCUAAUCAGUAUGCUAGCCUGACAGGAUUCACAAUGUUACCACCACUGUUCGCAUUAGGCUAUCACCAAUGUCGAUGGAACUAUGAUGAUGAAGUUGAUGUUGCAAAUGUAGAUUUGGGUUUUGAUAAGCAUAAUAUUCCAUAUGAUUGUUUAUGGCUAGAUAUUGAACACACAGAUGAAAAAAAGUAUAUGACUUGGUGCCCAAAUUCUUUCCCAAAUCCAAUAGAUAUGAUCAGUAAGCUUUCAGAAAAGGGUAGAAAAAUGGUUACAAUAAUUGACCCACAUAUUUCAAGAGACAUAACUUAUUCUUUGCAUAACGAAUGCAGUAUAAAUAAGUUUUACAUCAAAAAUAAAAAUGGUGAUGAUUAUAUUGGUGAAUGUUGGCCAGGUGUUUCUUCUUGGAUAGAUUUUUUUAAUCCAAAAGCUAGAGAAUGGUGGGCUGAAAAGUUUAUGCUCGACUCUUACAAGGGUUCAACGUUAGAUUUAAUGACAUGGAACGACAUGAAUGAACCAGCUGUUUUUGAUGGACCCGAAAACUCAAUACACCGUGAUGCAAUACAUUUUAAUGAUAUUGAGCAUAGAGAGGUUCACAACCUAUAUGGAAUGAUGUUUCAUAAAUCAUCUUAUGAUGGGCUAUUAAAGCGAAGUGAUGGCAAAUUACGACCAUUUGUGUUAUCAAGAUCUUUUUUUGCAGGCUCCCAAAGAUAUGGUCCUAUUUGGACUGGUGAUAAUCAAUCGACAUGGUUAGAUCUUAAAGCAUCAAUACCAAUGUUAUUGUCAUUGAAUAUAGCUGGGAUGUGUUUUGUUGGAGCUGAUGUUGGUGGUUUUGUUGGUGAUCCUGACCCAGAAUUACUUAUUCGCUGGUAUCAAGCUGCUGCAUUCCAACCUUUUUUUCGAGGCCAUGCUAAUCGUGGAACAAAGCGUCGGGAACCAUGGCUUUUUGAUAAAAAGACAGUUCAUUUGAUUAGAGCAGCUAUACUGAAGCGUUAUGCAAUUCUACCGUACAUUUACACUCAAAUGUGGAUGUGUCAUAAAAAUGGUACAGCAUUAAUGAGGCCAUUAUGGAUGGAUUUUCCUGAUUCUAGUCUAUUUAGAGUUGAAGAUCAGUAUCUUUUUGGUCAUGAUCUUCUUGUAAAGCCAGUUACUAAAUGUGGACAAGCUGUUUCAAAGAUAAUUUUACCUUCACAAACAAAUUGGUAUGAUAUAGAUACUUUCAAAGAAAUUUCAAAUAGCAAGUUGUUUGUUUAUGUAUCUACACCACUUAAUAAGAUUCCUGUUUUUUUGCGCGGUGGGUCAGUUGUUCCAAUUAAAGAGCGAAUAAGAAGUUGUUCAGCAAAAAUGGAAAAUGAUCCACUAACUUUAGUUGUUUGUAUUGGAUCAGUUAACUCAAAGAUUUUAUCUCAAGGCUUGAUUUAUGUUGACGAUGGAAGAUCUACAGAGCACGAGCAAGACCAAUAUGCGCUGUUUACUUGUAGUAUGAAAAUUUCAAAAGCAUCAAAAUAUUACAUUAAAUGGAAAAAAAUUGAAGGAAGUGAAACUUUCAAAUCGCAUGUCAGUAUUGAACGCAUCAUUGUUUUAGGAGCGCCAGCACCUACCAGAUGUAUUUUUUCAGAAAAUGGCAUCGAGCAUGAUUUAAAUUUUUCAUUUAACGCUGAUAGUCAAUUUUUUGUAAUCAAAAAAGUGGCGAAUGCAGUUACCAUGGAUUUUAAAAUAUAUAUUGACUAAAGGUUUUGUGUGUGUGUUUGUAUUUAUAUUUAUAUAUAAUGAUUGUGAAUUGCAUCUUCUUUUUUUUAUGCUAUUUUUUAUAUU